AUGGGUGACAAACUACCAGGAAACGCGAAUUGGAUGUCACGUUUACCCGAGGAACUGCUAGAUGUACCGCUGUGGAACUUGGCUAUUCCGGGCAGCCAUGACAGCAUGUCUUUCUGUUUGGACACGUCCUCACCUGUCGUUGAGUCAGAGUCGUGGUUCCUCAAGGUGAUGGACAGACUUGCUCCCUGCUGUACGCGGCCUUGCGUGCUCCGUUGGGCCACCACGCAGCAAACUGUCCUUAGUAGUCAGUGUGAACUUGGGGUUCGCUUUUUGGACAUGCGGAUUGCCAAGAAGCCAAAAGAGUGCAGCAAGUUGUUCUUUGCCCAUGGUAUAUACACGUGGAUUACUGUAAAGCAGGAGGCACUGGAUGAACUGGCUGCCUGGUUGGAUGCACACCCUAAAGAGAUUGUUAUUAUCUGCUGCUCACAUUUCAGUUGUCUAAGCCUUAGUGACCACACACAAUUUGUAGACUACAUUAUUUCACUGUUUGGACCAAAGCUUUGUUCAUCACAGGAUUGUGCCACCUUACGAUCCUGUUGGUCCAGACAUCAACAAAUAAUUGUUUCUUAUGACAACCAAGAUAUGGUUAACAAUCAUCCUCAACUGUGGACCGACAUACCUUACUGGUAUGCUGACAGCACUGAUCCAAAGAAGGUGAUUGCCUACUUGGAGGCUCAGAAGCAUGCAGGAAGACCAUCUUGUUUUUUUGUCAGUGGCCUUAAUCUGACUGAGACUGUUCCAUUCGUCCUCCUUCAUCCCUUUGAAAACAUGAGGAAGAUCACCACAAAGGCCCUAACUGUGCUGCUUGGCUGGGUGAGAGAACAACAGCCAGGACCUGAGGUAGAUGGUGUCAACAUCAUCUGCUGUGACUUUGUGGGCGCCUCCAACUUCUGUGAUUGUGUGAUUAGACUCAACUACAAAGGGCGGUGUUGA